CAAAAAAUAAAAGUCCUAAUUAAAUUCUGUCUCUCAGAUAGAGAUCUCGACGAGGAGAAUAACAUUUAGCGAAGGGUGAAGGAUCCGAUGCACAGAAACCCUCUCCUCUCUCAAUCUCUCUCUCUCUUUAUAUGCUCAGUCAAAACCGUUUCCUAGUUGUUGCCUCUGAUCUCUCUCUCUUUCGUAGACACAGAAGCUCAGGAGAAAAUUAAUCACCGAAGGCGCAGAAAAAAUAGUGAUUCAAUUGAUUACUGCGCACAUUCCAUUCUGUUUGCAGGAAUAUCUCUCUACACCAACCACACGAUCUUCUGAUCUUCGUUUUUAUGUUCUAGUACCUAACCUCGUAAAUUGUUUACAAGUAUGUCGAAUUCAGAGCUCUUUCUCAUCAAAGACGAUGAAGAUCAAGUAAUAAGAUUAAAAAUCUUGGGGACAACCUCUUCGAGAUUCGAAGAUCACGAGUAUCAUGAUCAUCAUCAUGCUAUGGCCAUGGACGUGCCGGAGCUUCGUCAACGUAUAGAACAAGAAGACAGAGAAAAGAAGGGAGAAGAAGAAGAAGAAGAUCAAGAUUGCGAUGUUUCGGUUCCUGUUGUGGUUUGCGAAAGGCUAUCUCUAGGAGAAUUAGUGAAGGUCGAGGAAGACGAUGAUGGUUUCAAAACUCCAACAUCUUUGGAUAACAAAAUCCCAGCGAUCAAACAGUGCCCACCUGCUCCAAGACCUAAUAAGCAGCUGCCAAUGAAAAGAGCAAAAUCCUCGAUCGUACUCAAAAAGACACCUCAACCACUGAAUCUCCUAGAAGAGGUCGAAGCACUCUUUCCUCUCCGGAUUGUCUCUGAUUUGCACCGCAAGAUCAAGAAAGCUCGACGAGACGACGAAUAGAUCAGAUUGUAAAUUUUAAUUAUUUGAUCUUGAUUUGAUGGGAUUGUUUCUAAGACCCAGACGAUGGCGUAAAGUGAAAGGUUUGCAAAAAAAUCAUCAUUGAAAUACAGUCCAAGAAGGAAAAAAAAAAAAAGAGUUGGAUGUACUGGAAUUCCACUUUUUUUCUGCACCCUCGGGUUCUUUUGUACGCACUCAAGGUGUUAUGCUGUUCCAAAGGUCAGAAUUUAUUCUCAGAGACCGAAUAAACAAAAGUUUCCAUCUCAAUUUUAGGCAUUAAAGAUUUUAAAUCGUUUUCUUUCCGAAAGAUUCUAUCUUUCUUUCCUCUCACGCUUGUUCAGUUAAAAGAGAAACGUUUUAGCAUAAAAAUAAAUCUCUUAAAUAAAUUUAACGAUUGUAGCA